AUGGUUGCGGCGAUGCUACGGCCUAGCACGCAAUCCAGCAUCGACUACAACGCUCUUCCCUGCUCCCUCGGUCAUGCCGAUUCCAAGACGCUGAACGAGACUGCCAAGCAGAUGGGUAUCAAGGUGACCGGCACUCCGGAGUACUGCGAUGGAUGUGCGGAGUCGAAGGCGAUUCAGCGCUCGGUCCCCAAGGUCAUCUCCCCCUCCCGCCGGACGACGCGGCCUCUUGAGCGUGUCGCGAUGGACCUAGCCGAUCCUGGACCACCAUACCAACUACGGAUGGAUUUGCUUUCUGCGGGAGAAGAGCGGUACAAANGCAAGUACGUGAUGCAGAUCCUGGACCGUCAUACCAACUACGGGUGGAUUUGCUUUCUGCGGGAGAAGAGCGGUAUAAACGUGGUGGCGACCUUUCGUGCGUGGUAUGCCUCCAUCAAAUCGCUCUUGGCUACUCACGGGCGGCUGGGCGUUCUGACCGACAACGGCACCGAGUGGGUCAACUUGGAGUUUCAGGGGCUGCUGGUGGAGCUAAACACUACGCGGGAGCUCACGGCGGUCGACGGACCCAAGAGCAACGGUCGUGUGGAGCGGAGGAUUGCACUAGUGAUGGAGGGGGGCAAGGCUGCGUUUCUGGAGUUCCCGAAGCUUUUCCCCGGAGUUAUGUUCCCGACCAAGGCGCUGUCCUUCCGGGCCAUCUGGCGCGAGGCCUUCGCGUGGAUGAAAGACUCUCUGAACAUCGCAGCGGAGCNAUCUUUGGGGUCGGAAGAGGGGAUGGCCGAAGGCCCCGCGGUGGCGGCCGGAGCGGCAGCAUCGGCGGCAGCUCCAGCGGCGACGGCGGCGAUCUCCGGUGGCAGUGUUCCCCCCGCGGCGGCGGCGGAGGGGGUGGCCGGGGUCCCCGCAGUGGCGGCAGGAGCGGUAGCAUCGGCGGAAACUCCGGCGGCGACGAAGCAGCGGCAGCAUGAGCAUAUGACGGGGCCGGAGAGCAUGGUGGAGAGCGAAGCAGCGCGCAGCACGGUGUUGGCGGAACUUGCGCGAAUGGCGGAAGGGCCUUCGCGGGUGAGCACACCUGCGGCACCUGUUGCCACACCUGCCCCCGCGCACUCGGCGGCGCCGCCACUGGCAUCGGACGGACUGUGGACGGAGCUGGUGCAUGAGGGCGGUACAGGCGGGCGUCGGCAGGGGCAGCGGGAGUUCGUAGCGACCCCGGCAGUGACGAGGUCGCGGGCGAAGCGAGAUGGGUCGGGGCCGGGGAUAUUUGCUCUUCUAGCCACGGAGGACGAGAUCAAGCGGUCCAUCGCCGAGCUUUCUGCACCGGGCAUGGCUGAGCCAGCCCUGCCGACGGGGCUGGUGUGCGACCUGGAGACGCCUGAGACAUACGGGGAGGCGCAAGCGGGGCCACACCACCACAUCUGGACCAACGCCGAACGCAAGGAGUUUUUCGGGCUGAAUGCAGUGGGCACCUUCGAGGAGGUCGGGGCGGAAUAGCAACGAGGGAUGAACGUCAUCUCCGCCAAGUGGGUGUAUUGAUGGAAGGGAUACGAGUUUGGGUAUGCUGUGCGUGCUAAGGCUAGGUUGGUAGCCCGUGGGUUUGCGCAGCGUGAGGGUGUUGACUUCUUUGAGACUUCUCCCCGUGUCUUUCCAUCACGAGCAUUCGAUUGCUAGCCGUCAUUGCCUGUGUGAUAGAUUGGGACUUGUGCCAUUUCGACGCCGAGCAAGCCUUUGUCCAAUCAGAACUGGAUGAGGUUGUGUUCAUUCGUCUUCCCGCUGGAUGUGGUGCGCUUUCCGGUAAGGUCGUACGGUUGAGACGGAGUCUUUACGGUCUGAAGCAGGCGUCCCGCACAUGGCAUCAUCACUUAAUGCGUGGCAUGAAGAAUCUUGGUUUCGAGCCUUGUGCCGCCGAUGCGUGUGUGAUGCGUCUGAUCGAGAGCGGUGUAGUCACCAUGGUGAUUGUGAUCCACGUACUGUAGACGACAUAUUUUCUAUCGGGCGCAAGAGCAGGUGUGACCUCAACCGGUAUGUGCCCAUUUCCAGCCUUGGGGAACUGCGCUGGUAUGCGGGUUGCCGGUUUUCUCGUGACACGGUGUUGGGGACGGUGACUUUUUCGCAGCAGGCUGUAGCGGAGAAGAUCGUUGCCAAGUUCGGUAUGACGACGGACAAAGAGACACCUAUGGUCGUUGGGUUGAAGCUUGAGCAGUACGACGCCGACAAGCCCGAUGUCGACGAGCCUUUCCGGUCGCUGGUGGGACACUUGAUGUGGCUGGCGAAUCAGACUCGCCCGGAUAUUCUCAACGCGGUACGUGCUGUUGCGAGGUAUUCGCACGCGCCGAAGCGACUGCACUGGGAGGCGGCUUUGCUCGUUUUGAUGUAUGUUAGAUUCACGAGCGGGUACGGGAUUACUUUUCAAAGGGGCAAGGUGGGAGGAGACCACAUGGAACUUUUUGUCGAUUCGGACUUCGCCAACAAGGCAACCGACGGGCGGUCUGUUUCUGGGGCACUAGUGAUGUUCGCUGGUGCGAGUGUGAUGUAUCUGUGUAGGACGCAGAAGAGCGUCACCCUGUCUUCGACGGAAGCGGAGUACUUAGCGAUGUCUGCUGGGAUGAAGGACGCUAUUUUUCUGCGGUAUCUGUGGAAAUUUAUCUUUCCGGGCCGUGAUAUGGGGUGCACUCCGGUGUGGGAGGACAACCGUAGGUGCUAUUCACUUGUAACCCGGCUACUACCCCCGACUAGAAGCACAUCGACAUCGGCCACCAUUUCAUCCGUGAGCGUGUGGCGCGGGGGGAAUCAAAGGUAGUCCACGUACUUUCGGACCUGCAACGCGCGGAUUUCUUGACCAAACCGCUGCCCAAGGAGACUUUUUGCGCGCAUAGUGACUUCGUGAUGAAUAUUCGUUCAUGUUGUUCUUUGUGUUUCACUCUUUCAGCGGGGGGGGCUUUCUUGCAUCAUGUGUUUUAGUUGUGACCUGGAACUGGCGCCUUUGAUCUGCUGUUCGAUGUAGAUUUCUGCCUAUGCGAUGGAUGGGAUAGUUCUGCUUGACAAUCAUGGGGGGGGAAGUAUUGUUCCAUGAUGCUAUUUAGUCGCAGGUGGUUUGUUUUGGUUUUGGUUUUUCGGGAUGAAUGCUGCAGCAGGGGGCUGUUGGAUUGAUUGAUUAUUUUGAUUUUGACUUCAUGUUCAGGAUGGAAUGGAUGUUACAGCAGGGGGGCUGCUGGACUGGUUUCUUUGUCAAGGUGUUGGACAUCGGAGAAAGGGUUUGGCAUGUUCUCGUUAUUUGAACUGGUCAUUGAGUUGAAACAUGAAUAUAUAUCUGAGGAAUGCAUUUGUUCUGAGUAGUCAGGACGUGAGACACAUUUUCCCGGAGUUACCCGUCCUCCCCGUUCUGACGCGAUUCUGAUGUGGUGUUGAUCUUUUUGCUGGGUAUUUUUCCAAGGGUGAAUGCUCGUGUCUUGACUGCUUGAGAAUUUGGUAGAGCAUUUUUCUCAAGAGGGUGAUUUUUUUGUUCUUGACAGAAAUUUAAGGGGUAGAAAUUUGACAUCAAAAAGGUUUGAAAACUUUGCAGGACGUGUUCUGUUGGAAGUUCCGGCGAUUUCGUGGGACGUGGGCUAUUGGCAGAGUCGUUUGGAUUGGAAUGGUGGAUGAUAUAUUGCUGGCAUAGGGGUUUUGAUUUUACUGUCUGCCGUUUUACCUGGCAAUGAUAGUCGUUGCGGGGAUUUCGUAGAUCGUAUCUCAUACCGAGCAGGGGGGCUGUUUGGGGUGCUCGGCAGAGUGUACUGUCUACGGGCCCUCCGGAGGAUGCGCGGAUGGUAUGUGUUGAUGGACAUAUUACAUGGCGAUGGUGUUGCCUGCCGCAUGUCUCUCACUCUCCUCUUACUCUCUAGGCAACAAGUUCUUGAGUCAACCUUCUUAUUCUUUCGGCCUCUGACGAGCUA